AUGAACUCCGAUCCAUCAUUGCCAUCAUGCUUAUUCGUUAACUGCCACACUGAUCAAUCUCUUCAUAAUAUGGUUGCUGAAUACUUCGAGACGGAAAGCUUUGGGGUUCGAGCUGCGCCUAUCAUGGAGAGUGAAGCUGACGUCCGUGCUCGGGAAAUCUUGAAGUCUACUACAUGCCGUGUUGAAGGAAGGUACCAGACUGGUCUGCUCUGGAAACGUUCCGACAUACAGCUACCUGACAGCUAUUCUAUGGCUUUGAAAAGAUUAGCGGGUGUUGAAGCAAAAAUGAGGCGCGAUACAGUCUUUGCCGCUGAAUAUAACCGAAUCAUAAGUUCCUACGUCAUGAAGGACUACGCACGAAAGCUGUCGCCAGAAGAAGCUGCUUUAACUUGCAACAGAACAUGGUACUUGCCUCAUUUUGCCGUGAAUAAUCCAAAUAAGCCAGGCAAGUUACGCAUGGUGUUCGACGCAGCUGCUGAAGUGGACGGUGUGUCCCUUAAUUCACAGCUUAUGAAGGGUCCGCAAGAGUAUCGGUCCUUGCCUGCUAUACUAUUCCACUUUCGGGAAGGAGCAACGGGCGUGUGUGGGGACAUCAAAGAGAUGUUUCACCAGGUGCUGGUUCAACGUGACGACAGAUGUGCGCAACGAUUUCUUUGGCGUCAAGGUGAUAGUACCAGACAGCCCGAGGUAUAUGAGAUGCGCGUAAUGACCUUUGGAGCAGCAUGUUCGCCUUGCGCCGCCAAUUAUGUGAAGACGAUCAAUGCGUUGGAGUAUGGCAACAAAGUCAAGGGUGCUACCCGAGCCGUGAAAUCGAUACUGGACUACCAUUAUGUCGAUGACUACGUCGAUAGCUUUGACACAGAGGAAGAAGCAGCUGACAUAACGAAACAAGUUCGAGCAAUACAUAAGAUGGCCGGUUUCGAUCUUUGCAAUUUCGCGUCAAACUCAUUAAGAGUGACAGAAGCACUUAGUGGUGGCGGGAAUAUCCGUCAAAUAGCAAAUAAAGAAGGAGUACUGGUGGACAGAGUCCUCGGUUUGUUUUGGCAGGCAUCAACCGACACCUUUGGGUUUAAACUGAGAUUCAACAACGUAGAUUCCAACGUUUUGGACGGAGGGCGCCGUCCGACGAAGCGAGAACUUCUCAGUGUGGUCAUGUCGAUCUUCGACCCACUGGGCUUUCUUAGCAACUUUGUAGUGAGCGCUAAGAUCCUCAUGCGGGAAGUGUGGAAGAAUGACAUCCGGUGGGACGAGCCACUGCCAAGCAACGUAAACACCGCAUGGGAAGGAUGGCGUAAACAACUGCCAAUGGUCGCCGAAUAUACCGUCCCUCGAUACUAUUAUCGAAAUGGGAAACCUAAAGUUUUGCAGCUCCAUGUUUUCGUCGACGCCAGCGAGGAUGCCUUUGCCGCGGUAGCCUACUGGAGGUCAACUAAUGCCGCCGGUGAGGUUGAAGUCGCAUUUAUAUCUGCCAAAACUAAAUGCGCGCCGAUGAAGUCAUUGACGGUCCCUCGAUUGGAGCUUCAGGCAGCUGUAUUGGGUACGCGUUUGAUGAAUUGCCUACGAGAGGAGCACUCCUUGCACAUCGAUGACUGCGUCAUUUGGAGUGACUCCAAAACAGUGAUCCAGUGGCUUCGCAGUGAACAUCGGCGCUAUAAGCCAUUUGUACAGCAUCGGAUCGCUGAAAUAUUAGCCACAACUACUACUGCAAAUUGGAGAUGGCUACCUACCGAGCACAAUGUCGCUGACGAGGCUACUCGAGCUAAUAACUUUGUCGACUUUAGCUCAUCCGCCCGUUGGUCCUGCGGACCACCAUUUUUGUUACGAGAAGAGCAGUAUUGGCCGACAGAGAGCUCUACAUGCAAUCAUCAUGAGGAAGCUGACAAGGAACUACGUCCUAAAUUCGCCCUUGCAAUCGUAAGCUGUACAUUUCUAGACUACAACCGAUUCUCUACAUUCAGUAAACUGGUGAGAACGACAGCAUGGGUCCUGCGAUUCAUUGACGUUUGCCGCCGCCGUAAACCGCCAGACCGAGGCUAUGGGUUGACUGCCAAAGAAGUUGAGACUGCAAAGCUUUGUUUGUGCCGCCUCGUUCAACGCGGUGAAUACGCCGAAGAAUUUCAACACAUCGAAAGCGGUCGCAACCUGCCACGCACCAGUUCGCUCAUUCAACUUUCGCCGUAUAUAGACGAAGAUGGUGUUCUUCGUGUACGAGGGCGCAUAGAAGCUGCCAGCUGGCUCCCAAUAAGCGCGAGACGCCCUAUCAUACUACCGCCAAAGCAUUGUUUCUCAAAUCUGGUCGCCAUGCACUACCACGUCAAAAUGCAUCAUCAAAAUCUAGAAGCCACUAUUUGUGAGAUACGUCGCCUUUAUUGGAUACCACGUCUCAGGAGUUUGCUGCGCAGUAUAGUCGCCAAUUGCGCCAUUUGCCGCUUAAGAAAAAUCCAUGCCGUAUCGCCACUGAUGGGCCCUCUUCCGAUUGAUAGAUUAACUCCUUAUGUCAGGCCAUUCAGCUAUACGGGCCUCGAUUACUUUGGACCGAUAACAGUAACUGUUCGCCGCGCCAACGAAAAAAGAUGGGUGGCGUUAUUUACGUGCCUGACAGUCAGGGCUGUGCAUCUGGAGUUGGCUCAUGACCUCAGCACUGACUCAUGUAUAAUCGUAUUGCGCAACUUUAUAAAUCGUCGCGGCGUUCCCGUACGUGUGAGGUCCGAUAAUGGGAAGAACUUCGUCGGUGCUGACAUGGAAGCAAAGCGCUUCAGCGAAGUCUUCGAUUGCAAUCGCCUGCAGGGUGAGCUGUCGCAAAGGGGUGUAGAGUGGAUCUUUAACUCGCCUUUCAACCCGGCAGAGGGGGGCGCUUGGGAACGAUUGGUGCAGUGCGUCAAGAGAGUACUACGAUGCACUUUGAAGGAAACGUCGCCACGGGAGCACACGCUCAACUGCUUCCUAAUCGAGGCGGAAAAUAUUGUGAAUUCUCGGCCGUUGACGCACUUGCCCAUCUAUGUCAACCAGGAGCAGCCGCUGACUCCAAAUGACUUCCUUCUCGGUGAAGCCAACACACCGCGAACUCCGAUUGCCAGCGAAGUUCUGGAAACCAAAUGCUUUCUUCGACAACAGUGGCGUCUUGCUCGACAACUAAGGGACCAUUUUUGGAAACGAUGGAUAGCGGAAUACCUUCCGACAUUGACACGCCGGGUUAAGUGGUGCCAACGAACAAAACCUCUGCAGAUAGAUGACCUCGUCUUCAUAUGCGACCCCAAUAUAUCUCGUCGGGACUGGGGUCGAGGCAAGGUGGAACGCUUGUAUGCAGGAGCGGAUGGUGAGGUCAGACGAGCUGACGUACGCACUUCGAGUGGAUUAAAGCGCCGUGCCGUCUCCAAAUUGGCAGUUCUGGACGUUGAUUAUGGUGAAUCGGGUUGA